AGGGCCCCGGUGCGCCCGCCCCGCCCGCCCCGCGGGGCGGGGCCGGCCGCGGGCCCGCAGCCGCAAUGCAGCGUGCCGGGCCCCUCGUGGCGGCGGUGCUCCUCGUGCCAGGUGUUACCUCAACGCGGAUCUUGCACAGCGGACACCAGAAACCCCAGCAUGGCCUCUACAUGGAGGACGUGGAGGCCUGCGCGGAGAAGAUGAGCCAGUACUUCACCGCGGAGCAUCCGACGAACAAGGACACCGUCAAGAGGCGGCUGGUGGACGGCUGCAACGAGAGGGAGGAGGUGGACCUCAGGCCAACCGUCUGUCCGCACAUGGAUCGGAUGAUCACGGACAGUCAACGAGUGCUGUGUGCCGCUGGCGAGCGAUGGAGUUUGCCACUGGCCUCCGCGGAGGACAGCCUGUGGAAGGUGACCCCCGUGAAGCUGAUGACCCCGGCGUACGUCUGCGAGCGCACGGAGGCGCACAUGACGGAGCUCCAGGGCGUCGCCAAGAUGCCACGCGUGGGGUCUGGCAUGAUCCACUUCUCUGGCACCAAGAAGACGUGUGAGUCUACCGUGGAGGCAGCCCUCGAUGGCGCCCCGACGAUCAUCUCCAGCAACGUGCCGAACUUCUGGUACGCGCUGUGCAUGAACCAGGA